GGAAUAUGUGUACGAUCUCCCCCGACACCGACGGCAGAUCCCUCGCGUCGCAGCGACUCUAGAAGCGCUCGCCGCCAAAACCACGUGAUACGGCGCUGAGCUCGGCGGCGCUCUCCGCUCGCCGCCUCACUCUCUACGAGAUAGUCGAGCUGCACGCACGCCUUCGGCUCUUGUCCCGCUCUGUCUAAGUUUAACCUUUAAUAAUAAAGUUACGCUACGCUCUAUUACUUGAUACCCUGUCUUUGCUUCUUUAUUUCGUGCAACCUUAUCGCGUCCGGAUCCUUAUAUACCGACAGGUUAUGGGCCCAGCACGCUUCCACUGCGCGAAUUAGUGAAAAGUGACACGAAAAAAAAAAAAAAAAUAGAAGAAAAGCCAAGAGAAGUCGAGACGAGUUGACACCUGUACAAAGACACGAGAACGACCUAAGCCGAGAGACAAAAGAAGGAAGUCACGCAGCCAACAAGCAACACGCCCCGCUGUCCAGAGCCUGAAGGUCAGCACUCGAUUCCCUGGUAAACGGUGAACCAAACAAAGGCAAAAGUCACGAUGGCCGGAAAAUCCUACAAAUGGGCAAACCCGCAAACUGCACCACGUAGCACAAGUACUGACUGGGAUGACAUACGCGCCAAGAUUCUGGAGUACUACGACCUGAAGGACAAAGAACCAAAUGAGAGUUUCUAUCUUCAACUCUACGGCGGAGGCGUUUGGUUAAUGAAUUCUAGGGACGAAACACUCCAACUAGACAUGAACAUCCUCAGUUUGGAAGAAGCAGCCAGUUUGUUCAAGUCAAUGAACUCAGGUAACACGAGUAUAAAUGACGCAAAAUUGAAACAGAUUAACAUCACGCGAAUGUACAAGUUAAAAUUAGAUUCGGAAUUUGCCCCCUUUGAGGAUUUCUUAUUCUCAGAGCUAAAGUCGCGAAAACUGUUCUACGUCUUCGAAAAGAACAAUCAAAGUCUGAUCUGUCCAGAUGAACUCGAACACGAUAAGAAUAUCAUACGCGAGAUAAUUCUGAACAGAAUUGAUGAUAAGUAUCACCUAUACACGAUGAACAUAAAAGAUCCAGUUGAAUUACUGGAUAAGAUUAAAGAAAUUAAAAAGAAUGAAUUGAGAAUUAAUGCUCAUACAGCCCAGAAACGACUCUUCAACUUAAAGCUCAACAAAGAUAAAGAAACGGCCUUUAACUUCUGCUUGAGGUUUGAAGACCUCGUAAGAAAGUAUGAAAGUAAUGAAGGCAUAGAAAAAAUGAGCGAUACGGCAAAGAAAAGUCUACUGUUCAACGCAGUAGAGCAAGCCUACCCAGAGAUCAUUACGGCAGAGAACGUUGCAAGCCAUGGUACGGGUAGGAAAUAUACUUACAAUGAACUAAAAGAUUUAAUUUUCCAGAUUGACAACUCGAAGCAGAGAACCCCAGAAAAAUCAGCCCUGCUCGGAUUCGCAGAGGAAAGAAACCGUUCCUCUGAUGAAAGACCCAAAAGUAGGGAAAGGCCCAACAAACGGUGCGAGCGAUGUGGUAGCACGGCGCACUUGUCCAAGGACUGCAAGCACGACGAGCCUAAGUGCUUUAACUGCAAUAAGUUCGGGCACAUCGCCGUAGACUGCAGUGAACCACGGAAAGGGCCACCACGAAAGAGAGCGACUGAUCGCAACAGAAGUAUCUCUCCAAAGAGAAAGCAGAGGAGAGAGCAUAGCAGAUCUCGAUCAAAGUCACCUUUCAGACGACCUGGCACUCCUGCAAAAGAAUAACUAAGGGUCAGCCUGGAAACGAUGUCGAGGACAAUCGGGAGGGAGUGUUGGAAUAUGUGUACGAUCUCCCCCGACACCGACGGCAGAUCCCUCGCGUCGCAGCGACUCUAGAAGCGCUCGCCGCCAAAACCACGUGAUACGGCGCUGAGCUCGGCGGCGCUCUCCGCUCGCCGCCUCACUCUCUACGAGAUAGUCGAGCUGCACGCACGCCUUCGGCUCUUGUCCCGCUCUGUCUAAGUUUAACCUUUAAUAAUAAAGUUACGCUACGCUCUAUUACUUGA